UGGGAAAUUUUGGUUUCUGUAUCACCCAGCCUCAGUCGCAGAUUGGAUUCCAGGUGAAUCCCGCUCAGAUCUCAGCAGUUUAAUUUCUCUCCGCUGCAAGCUACGCCGUCGAUUUAUUCAUCUCUUCCACUCAGCCGUUUAAUUUGUUCUUUUUUUUGGUUCUCUCAUAGUGGUUGUUGGUUCUGCGUAAGCCAAAAUGGUUGUUCUUGCAGCUUCUAUUGUGACCAAAUCCGGAAAAGUGCUUGUUUCUAGGCAGUUUGUGGAUAUGUCUCGUAUACGAAUUGAGGGUCUUCUUGCAGCGUUUCCUAAGUUGGUAGGCACAGGAAAACAACAUACGUAUGUUGAGACAGAAAAUGUCCGCUAUGUUUAUCAGCCAAUAGAAGCUUUGUACUUGCUACUUGUUACAAACAAGCAGAGCAACAUCCUUGAAGAUCUGGAAACUCUGAGGCUGCUCUCCAAGCUUGUACCUGAAUAUUCCUACUCUCUAGACGAGGAGGGUAUUUGCAUGACAGGUUUCGAGCUGAUUUUUGCGUUUGAUGAAGUUAUCUCUCUUGGGCACAAGGAAAACGUGACUAUUGCACAGGUCAAGCAGUACUGUGAGAUGGACAGUCAUGAAGAGAAGUUGCACAAGCUGGUAUUGCAGAGCAAGAUCAAUGAAACCAAGGAUGUCAUGAAGCGCAAAGCUAGUGAGAUUGACAAAAGCAAGAUUGAGAAGAAUAGAGGUGAAAAAGGAGGCUAUAUUUCCUUGCAGUCGAUGGGAUCUGGAAGAAUUGAGAAUGGCUUUAGUGAUAUGAGCAUUUCUGGUGGUGGUGGUUUUGGUAGUGGUUCUGGAUUUGGUUUGAGCACUGAUGUUGAGUCCUUUUCCAGCAAGUCUAAAGGUCGUCCACCUUCAUCCGCCACAGCUCCUCCUAAGGGUCUUGGUAUGCAGCUUGGUAAAUCUCAAAGGACAAAUCAAUUCUUGGAAUCUUUGAAAGCAGAAGGUGAAGUAAUUAUUGAAGAUGUGAAGCCAAAAGCAGGCCAGCCAAGAUCAGCUGCUCCACCACCAACUGAUCCUAUCACUUUGACAGUUGAGGAGAAACUCAAUGUAACUUUGAAACGAGAUGGUGGGAUGAGUAACUUUGAUGUCCAAGGAACUUUGUCUCUUCAAAUUCUUAAUCAAGAAGAUGCUCUAAUCCAAGUUCAGAUUGAGACUGGAGGGAAUCCGGCCAUUCUUUUCAAACCCCAUCCUAAUAUGAACAAAGAACUCUUCACCAGUGAGAAUAUACUGGGCUUGAAGGACCCUAAUAGGCCUUUCCCCACUGGCCAAGCUGGUGAUGCAGGAGGUGUUGGUCUUUUGAAGUGGAGAAUGCAAAGUGCUGAUGAGUCAAUGGUGCCAUUGUCAAUUAACUGCUGGCCCUCUGUUUCUGGAAAUGAAACUUACGUGAACAUUGAAUAUGAAGCUUCAUCAAUGUUUGAUCUGCGAAAUGUUGUGAUCUCAGUACCUCUUCCAGCACUCCGAGAGGCACCAAGUGUUAGGCAGAUUGAUGGGGAGUGGAGGUAUGACUCUAGAAAUUCUGUCCUGGAGUGGUCGAUACUUCUCAUUGAUAACUCUAACCGCAGUGGAUCGAUGGAAUUUGUUGUGCCUUCAGCUGAUUCAUCAGCCUUUUUCCCCAUCUCUGUGCGGUUUUCAGCUACUAGUACAUACAGUGACCUAAAGGUGGUAAAUAUCCUCCCCCUAAGAGGUGGAUCUUCUCCCAAGUUCUCGCAGAGAACGGUUUUGACCGCAGAAAAUUACCAAGUUGUGUGAUCGCUUUUUUCUAAAUUUCAUGCAUUGGAUUAUGAGUUUUCAUUGGCUUCUUUCUAAAUUUCAUGUAAUUAAUGUGUUUAGUUACCAGUUGUUACAAAAUAUUUAGCUAUUAUUUUACUAAAAUACCAUUUAUAAGAUUAUA